AUUUUUAUAUGCCUGAGCUCUCACAGAGCUUGUUGUCUCUUUGCGCAUGCCCAUCAACCGCGCCCUAUAUACUCGCGUCACGUGGCCACAGGGCAUGCCGGCAACUAACUCAGCAUCGCGCGCGCGUGCUCGUGCGUGCCCCCAGGCGCGGCGGUUCGGAAAAAGUGGAGCGAGGAUCAUAGAGCUAGCAUGCAGGCCCCAGUUCAGCAGCAGGGCAGCAGACUAGCAGCAGGAGCAUCGAGAGAAUGAAGUCGUCCAUGGAGGAUGGGGAAGGGCCGCCUGGACGCGAGGUCAGGCUAGGCUC